GGGGCCGCCAUCUUGUGCCCUCCCGAUGAAUGAGCGGCAUCGCCGAGGAGCGAGUUCAUCCGGUCUGGCCCGCGGCCUCGUCGCUCAGCGUGGCCGGUCAUGGAGUCCUGCCUCGCCAGCCUGUUCCUCUUGCUCUGCUUGGGGCGCGCCUUGGCUGCCCCGGAGCUGCUGAAUGAAGAAGUGAAGCGGACCAUAGACCUGAGCACGCACCUGGCCAAAGUGACGGCCGAACUGAGCUUGGCCAACCCCUCAGGGAGCGCCGGGGCUGCCUCCUCUUUCCUCCUGGCUUUGGAGCCCGGCCUGGAGAGCCGUUUGGCGUACUUGGGGGUGCAGGUGAAAGGUGAAGAAGAGGAGGAGAAUACUUUGGAGGUGAAGGAGACAAAGGUUAAAAGUAAAAGUGGAAGAGUCUUCACUGUAAAACUGCCUUCUCCUCUGGCUCCAGGAGCAAAAAUUCGCCUAUCUGUGGAAACAGUGUUUACUCAUGUCCUGCAGCCGUAUCCAACACACAUCACGCAGGCAGAGAAGCAGUUUGUAAUUUUUGAGGGCAAUCACUAUUUUUAUUCUCCAUAUCCGACCAAGACCCAAACUACUCGUGUGAAACUGGCUUCAAGAAAUGUGGAAAGCUACACCAAGCUAGGCAAUCCCAGCCGGUCAGAAGACAUGAUUGAAUAUGGACCCUUCAAAGAUAUGCCACCAUAUAGUGAGGACACCCUUAAGGUACACUAUGAAAACAACAGCCCAUUCCUGACUAUCACAAGUAUGACACGCAUCAUUGAAGUUUCACACUGGGGCAAUAUUGCUGUUGAAGAGACCAUUGACUUAAAGCAUACUGGAGCUGUACUCAAAGGGCCUUUCUCCAGAUAUGACUACCAAAGGCAGCCAGACAGUGGGAUAUCUUCUGUGAAAUCUUUUAAGACUAUUCUUCCUGCUGCUGCUCAAGAUGUCUAUUACAGAGAUGAAAUCGGCAAUAUAUCUACCAGUCAUCUUCUUGUCCUGGAUGACUCUGUGGAGAUGGAGAUUCGUCCUCGUUUCCCUCUGUUUGGGGGUUGGAAGACCCACUACAUUAUUGGUUAUAACCUGCCUAGCUAUGAAUACCUCUUUAAUCUUGGUGAUCAGUAUGCUCUGAAGAUGAGAUUUGUUGACCAUGUGUUCGAUGAGCAAGUUACAGACUCACUGACUGUGAAGAUAAUUCUUCCAGAAGGUGCCAAGAAUAUCCAUGUAGAUAGUCCAUAUGAAAUCAUGCGGGCACCUGACGAGCUUCAUUAUACCUACUUGGACACAUUUGGCCGCCCAGUCAUUGUAGCACACAAGAGCAACCUAGUAGAGCAGCACAUCCAGGAUAUUGUGGUGCACUACAACUUUAACAAGGUCCUGAUGUUGCAAGAGCCUCUGCUGGUAGUUGGAGCAUUUUACAUCCUGUUUUUUACCGUGAUUCUCUACGUGAGGCUUGACUUCUCCAUCACUAAGGAUCCAGCAGCAGAAGCUAGGAUGAAGGUUGCCUGCAUUACAGAGCAAGUUCUUACCCUGGUGAACAAGAGGCUUGGUCUGUAUCGUCAUUUUGAUGAAUCUGUGAAUAAGUACAAGCAGUCACGGGAUAUAUCCACCCUGAACAGUGGCAAAAAAUCUCUGGAGACGGAACACAAGGCCUUAACCAGUGAAAUAUCUUCAUUGCAAUCAAAACUGAAGGCAGAAGGCUCUGACUUGUGUGACAAAGUCAGUGAAAUUCAGAAACUUGAUAGCCAAGUUAAGGAGCUGGUUCUGAAAUCCUCCGUGGAGGCUGAGCGGCUGGUAGUUGGCAAGCUGAAGAAGGAUACGUACAUAGAGAAUGAGAAGUUGCAUUCCAACAAGCGGCAGGAGCUGAUCACCAAAAUCGACAACAUCCUGGAUGCGCUAUAACCUGGAAGUUGUGUUUUUGUUAAUGGGGGAAACAGGUGUAAAGGCUGUUAAACAGGCAUGCUGAGCCACUCUGAGAUGGGGAAAUGAUAGGGGGUGGGGGAGGUCACUGGCUUAUAAAAUAGGGGCAAAGGAGAAUUUUUGGAAGUUGCUUUUUAAAAAAAUUGGAAUAAUUAUUUUAGGGUCUGUUUAAGAUGCCUACUACUUGGGAGAGAUAUGGCAUAAUGUGCCUUGUACUUAUUGUAACCCUGGUCCUUCUGUAAAGGGCAAAGUGUUAGCAAAAUGAUUUCACAGUCUUCUUUGUUGAUGUGCUGAAGGAAGCCUUUAGUUAUCAGUAGGCAAGUGUGCAUCCAGGCCCUCUGCUGGCACUAAAAGUCUCAACCGGACAGAAUAAAUACAAGUGAGUUGUUCAGAGGUUUGGUGGAAAAUGCUCUUUUGGCCUUUGAAGUUAUAGUUUUUUAUAUUUUGGAGAUGGGGUAUGAAAGAACUUGAACAAAUGAAUUUUUGUACACAAUUGUUGCAGAAGUUGAGAUUCUGACACCUGAAUUUUCUGAGCCUCUUUAAAAUUACAGCAUCAGGUAGAGUCCAGUGCAGGUGAAGGGUAGGGGUGAGAUGAAUUUGCUUAUAAGCCUGUGCUUUUCCUCUGAUGGGUUUUCCCUUUUUUUAAAAAAACAACUUGUAGAAAAGACCAAACUGAAAUAAAGUUUAUGUCUGUCUGC